AUGCCCACGCGCGACGCGUUCCAGUUCCUGCCUCCUGUCCAACUGUCUCUCGACCAUGGCCAAGACAGGCUGGCGUCGUUGCACUCGGUCUACGCCUCAUCAACAUUCGAGGCCGGAGACUGUGCAGGUGUUGAACCUGCGAAGAGCAUUGAGAACGAACGCCAGACGUACGUCGUGGCUGCUGGCCGCGUCUCGCUGGUCGCUGGGUAG